GAUUUGCGACCGUUUGCGACACAGGAGUUGUGCCAGACAUUCUCUGGUUGUGCCCGGUUGUGUUAGAAUCAUUCUUCAGUGGAUUAGUCAGUUUCAUACCGUUCAAGUCUCCAACGGCUUGCUUUAUAUUAAUGUGUUUAAGCACUAUAAUACGGAAUUAUGUUGAUCAAAGUUAAGACCCUCACUGGUAAAGAAAUUGAAAUUGACAUAGAACCCACAGAUAAGGUGGAGAGGAUCAAAGAGAGAGUGGAGGAGAAAGAGGGGAUACCUCCUCAGCAGCAAAGACUCAUUUACAGUGGAAAACAGAUGAAUGAUGAGAAGACAGCCGCCGACUACAAAAUCCAGGGGGGAUCGGUAUUGCACUUGGUCUUGGCCUUACGAGGAGGAGCAAUCUGUUUCAAAAAUCUAGAAAUGGCCUCUAUAUCGGCCUUGUAAUCACUAAAGCUGCCUUAGUUCCUGCAGAGUUGCCAGAGUGGACACUCUGACACUUUAUUUAUGGUCUCGUCUGAAUUAUCAUUGAUUGCUUCGGCCAGUUGCAGGAUGUCUAUGUCAGCACCAAGGUGUGAUGCCUGUGAUUUUGCGCUUGCUCAUGCACUUGGUCUUCUUUUUUUAAUGCAGAAUAGAGUGGUUAGAAAUGUCUGUUCACCAAUAGAAUUACACAGUGCUUUUGACCGUAUGUUUUGGUGGUGUGCUCUGAUGCCGAGUGCCUGGUUGAAUUCCAGUUGGGUCUAAUGUGUUAGCCUAUGUAUUUUGUUUGCGUUAUGUCUGUACAAUUUUGUGUUUUGAUGCCCUGGCAGUAACUUCUGCUUUACACUUCUACGAGUGGUGACAGUCUGUGGUAUGUACACAUUCAGGUCACACAUUCACAGUCAGUGUAACACAGACUGAUGGUAUGAGAGUGGACAUGGCUGGACAAUUUGUCAAUAAAAAGAAAGAAAGAACAA